AUGCCCUGGACGUCAGAUGACCUGAAAGUUGGCGUGCCUGCCGAAGGGCUCUUCAUCGAAGAACAGCCUGUCAAGGUCGCCAAAGAGGCCGAUGCUGCUCUUUCUUUCACUUUGGGAGAGACCGUCACUUACGAUGAGGUUGAAAACAAACGCAUCCGGCGCACCAUCGAUCGUCAUAUCAUCCCUUGGAUGUUCUUGACUUUCAUGGUGCAGUAUUUUGACAAGACACUCCUGAGCUAUUCUUCAGUCAUGGGCAUCAUCGAAGACACCAAGCUAACAUCCUCAGAGUAUGCCUGGUGCGGAUCCAUCUUCUACUUUGGAUACCUGGCAUUCGUCUAUCCCCACAACCGAUUGAUGCAACGCUUUCCCCUCGCCAGGUAUCUAUCCGUCAUAAUCGUAGUGUGGGGUGUGGUGCUUUGCCUUCACGCAGAUUGCACCAAUUUUGCCAGUUUGAUGGUGGUCCGAUUCAUCCUCGGCGCUCUUGAAGGAGCCGUCACGGCCGGUUUCGUGCUCGUCACGGCACGAUGGUAUCAACGUGACGAACAAGCAACACGAACCGCAUUUUGGUACAUUGGAAAUGCGGCAGCGCAGAUUGGAGGUGCUGCCCUCGCAUAUGGUGUUGCGGCAGGAUUUCUCGGCAACCCCAGCAUCACAUUUCCCGGCUGGAAAGCCUUGUUCAUUCUUUCGGGUGGUCUCACCUGCAUCUUCGGCGGCUUCAUGUUCUGUUCCUUCGCCGAAUCUCCUCUUACCGCCAAAUGGCUCAAUGACCAUGACCGACACAUUGCCAUUGAACGUCUUCGGGUCAAUCAACAAGGUAUCGGCAGCAAGGUCUUCAAAUGGCCACAAUUUCGCGAAGCGUUCACAGAUCCACGCACUUGGCUCUGCUGUAUUUUUUGUGUCCUGUGGCUGAUCCCAUCCGGAGGCCUGACCGUCUUCUUUGCGUUGCUCAUCCAAGGUUGGGGAUUCGACUCCAAAACCACACUCCUCAUCAGCAUGCCUAGCGGUGUGACUCAAAUUGUAACGAAUCUUUUCUUUUCAUACCUCGCCGGCAAGCUUCGAAAUCGCAUGUUGACGGCAAGUUUGGCCAUCAUGCUCAGUAUACUCUCUAUCGCUAUCAUGACCGGUCUGUCCAGCCACGGCCCCACAGCUCAUCGCAUCGGCCAAUUGGUUGCUUAUUAUAUCAUCCUGGGAAAUUCUCCGUCCCCUCUGAUUCUGAUACUCAGCAUUGUCAGCACCAACGUGGCAGGAUACACAAAGAAGACGACAGUCAACGCAUUGAUCUUGAUCGCCUACUGCGUCGGUUUCCUGAUCGGACCUCAGACGUUCCGCGACCCUCCAUACUAUAUGAAGGCGAAGUAUACCAUUCUUGGUGUCUAUUCGGCCUCUUUGCUGUGUAUCUUGGGGCUUUGGUGGAUCAACUGGCGAGCGAACCAAAGGCGAGACCUGGAUGCCGCCGAACUUCCACCUCAACCCAACGGCCAGGAAUUCUUGGAUUUGACGGAUAAGGAGAAUAAAUAUUUCCGGUAUGCGAUUUAA